UCGUUAACUUGACGUCACAGUAUUUUGAUCUCGGUGAGCAGCUCGUGCGGAUCUUCUCACAUCGACUCUGCAGAGAUGGCGGGACGGGACCGGGUUGUUCACCUGCUCAGACAGCUCGAGCGCGCGGCGUGCAGAUGUCCUGCUCACUCCAACACCUUCCACCAAGGUGCCAGAGCUGCGACCUGCACCGUCCGUAAGACUGACUAUGCCUUCGAGAUGGCGAGUUCCAACAUCAGAUAUGGAGAUGGAGUCAGCAGGGAGAUCGGCAUGGACCUGCAGAACCUCGGAGCUCGGAACGUCUGUCUGAUGACAGACAAGAACUUGUCCCGUCUCCCACCGGUGAAGGCCGUCCUGGAGUCUCUGGCCAAGAACGGAGUCAAUUACAAAGUGUACGACAACGUGCGGGUGGAGCCCACCGACACCAGUUUUAAAGAUGCCAUCUCGUUUGCUAAAAACGGUUCCUUCGACGUGUUCGUGGCGGUGGGCGGUGGCUCUGUGAUUGACACCUGUAAGGCAGCCAAUCUGUACGCGUGUCACCCCGAUGCCGACUUCCUGGACUUUGUCAACGCUCCGAUCGGCAAAGGGAAGCCGAUCACCGGAGCUCUGAAGCCACUCAUCGCAGUUCCUACGACCGCCGGCACCGGCAGUGAGACCACCGGCGUCGCCAUCUUUGACUUCGAGCCUCUCAAAGCUAAAACAGGUAUCGCCAGCAGAGCCAUCAGACCCACACUGGGCAUCGUGGACCCGAUGCACACACUGAGCAUGCCCGAGAGAGUUGCCGCCAACAGCGGCUUCGACGUGCUCUGUCAUGCUCUGGAGUCGUACACUGCGCUGCCCUACAACCAGAGGAGCCCCUGCCCCCCCAACCCCAUCAACCGUCCCGCCUACCAGGGCAGCAACCCCAUCAGUGAUGUCUGGUCCCGCCACGCCCUCAACGUGGUCGCUAAGUACAUGAAACGAGCGGUGCGAGACCCUGAGGAUCUGGAGGCUCGGUCCAGCAUGCACCUGGCCAGCGUGUUUGCCGGCAUCGGUUUCGGAAAUGCCGGAGUCCAUCUGUGUCAUGGGAUGUCGUAUCCAAUCGCUGGUAGCGUGAAGACUCAUUCAGCGAAGGGUUACAAUGUGGAGCACCCUCUGGUGCCUCAUGGUCUCUCAGUGGUCCUCACAUCUCCGGCCGUCUUCAACUUCACAGCCCCGAUGUGUCCAGAGCGCCACCUGGAGGCUGCAGAGAUCCUUGGUGCAGACAUUCGGCAGGUGAAGAGAGAGGAUGCGGGUGCUGUUCUGGCCGACACGCUGCGUCAGUUCCUGUUUGACCUGCAGGUGGAGGACGGACUGGGAGCUGUGGGAUACAGUAAAGACGACAUCCCAGCGCUGGUGAAAGGAACCAUCCCUCAGGAGCGAGUGACCAAACUGUCUCCCAGAGAGCACACUGAGGAGGACCUGAGCGAGCUGUUCGCAGCCUCCAUGAAGCUCUACUGAACUCACACUGAUAACUUAAUGUCCCUGUGAGGACCGAGUGCACUGAGAGGACAAUUUAACUCAACACUCUGUUCAUCACUGUGUGAUGCGUGAACUGAUCUCAGGUCUGUUCUGUGUUGAGCUGCAGUUCAUCUAACAGCCACUAGAUGUAGCUGUUGCUCAGCGUGUUCACAUCAGUGUCAUUUUAUCAAUAAUCAGAUAUUGAUUUUAUAUUUACACACAAAUCUAAAAUAAAACAAACAUUUACACGUCA